UCUCAAGAAACGCGGCCUGCAUCCCUCUUUCUUUCUAUAAAUACCCAUGUCUCUCAGAUCCAUUUCAUCACAUUUCCUUAGCCCAUUCUAUUCAUUGCAGAAUUCCCCCAGUCCAAUUCGAUUCAUUACGAGAUAAUCUUUUGGUAUUCUACUUUAACAACAAAGGCUUCUAGCAGAAGAAAGAGAUGAGCCACCACCACCACGGGCACCAGCAUCAGCACCACCAUGGCCACCAAGAAGGGGGCUACACAUAUGCUCCACCGCCACCACCACCAGGAGCUUAUCCUCAACCAGUGGGGACUUAUUACCCCUCCUGCAGAGGAAGAGGCGAAGAAGCACAAGCAUCGUGAGCAUAUGGCCGAGAUGGGAGCACUAGCUACAGGAGCCUUUGCUUUGUAUGAAGGGCAUGAAGCGAAAGUGGAUCCACAACACGCAGGAAGGCAUAAAAUGGAGGCAGAAAUAGCAGGGGCGGCGGCUGUUGGGGCUGGCUUUUGAUUUCAGUUAUUUAUUUUCACACUUAUGGUAGAUGGAAUGAAUGAUCAGUAAACAGAUUAAUUGUUUAAGAAACUAAGAUAAACAACAAACAAACAAGCAUAUCAAGCAUUCAUCAUACUUAAAUAUCCAUUGUCCUCGAUUUUGAUUCAAAUUUUAUAUGUGUUGCUCUCAAAAAUCAAAAGCACAAGUAGUUUAGUAGGAAACAAAAAACUCAAGUUGUGGUUCAAAAAGACAAAGGAGGGAAUAGUUUGAAUAUAUAGAUUGAGAGGGAACCAAAUCAACAAUCUAGUUCAAAGCUAGCCCAGACAAGAUGAAUGACUAAGAUCACGUAGGAGGACAUGGUGAUCAAAGAUGGAAAAGGGAGUGGAGAAGAGGCUAUAAGGAAUAAGUGGACAAGUGGCUGGGUGGAGAAAAUAAAAUUUAAUAAUUUAAAUUAUAGAAUUUCAUGAGAAAAAAAAGAAUAAAUAAAAUAAUAAUUUUAUUUAUUAAAUUAAAUAACUUGUUCAACUAUAGAGGAACAUU